AUGUUGCCUAUUACAGAUUAUCAAAGUAAGAACCCCUUUUUCACUUCAACACUUCACAUGAAAUCUGUGUCUUUGAUAUUUUUCUGUUUGAAAAUUGAUUUUUAGAAAUCGGCAUUGGUGUGACAGGCUUUGGAGCAUUUUUUCUCUUUUUGGGAGUUUUGUUCUUUUUCGACAAAGGUCUCUUAGCUAUUGGAAAUGUAAGUAUCUAACACCUUCCUGCUUAAAUUUUUAAAGCAUCAGCGAAAAUUGGAGAGCGUUUAGAUCUCUUGCAAUGUAUUUCUACCGGUGCUAAGCAUGUUCAUAAUCAAAUAUAUUGGGCUCUUGUCAUUUGAGAUAUUACACACAAACGUCUGUGGAUACUGUUCAGCAGUUCAGAAUGUCAUCAUAAUUGAUCAUUUUCAAUUAGAUGAGAACUAAUUGCCAGGUGCUUAUUGAUUGAUAACGAAUCCAUUGAUGUGAAACCAUAGAUACGAUGUAACUAUUCUCCCCACAUUAAAAAGCUAGGCCAGACAAAUUUCUCUGCAGCUCAUAAGUAUUUACACUUUUAACCCUUUGCGUCCUAACAUCAGUAUCUUUAUUCUCCAUACUGUUCUCUAUACAUUUCCUUAGGUGCUCCAAGGAGAAUUUGUUUAACAGUCAAGAGCUUCCUCAGAUCAUGAUCAUUUCUUUUUUUCUCCUGACCUUAAUGUGUGAUUCAGGGGUGAUAUUGUGAGGAGAAAUUAGAUGCUAGUCGCUCAUAGGGGUCAGAGGAUGAAGAUAAGAGUUUACUCAGUAAUGGUGUUUCAGUUGGAUUUUUUUUUUGUCUUAUCUGUUACAGAUACUAUUCAUUUCUGGAUUAGCACUGGUAAUUGGAUUAGAAAGAACUUUUAGAUUUUUCUUUCAAAAACACAAGCUCAAGGGAAGUUCUUGUUUUCUUGGUGGAGUUUUAGUUGUUCUCAUUGGUUGGCCUCUUAUAGGGAUGAUCAUAGAAAUUUAUGGAUUUGUACUUUUGUUUAGGUAAGUUGUAGUUCAAUUAUGCAAGAAUAUGUACUUAUUGACUGGGUAUUAGGGUAAAUCAGGAAAAUAUUUGGCUCAAGGUCAUGAUGUACAGACUGAGCCCAGGUUCGCAUGUCAUGACCUCAAGCCAAGUAUUUUCCCAUUCAGCCAGACCAAACUCAGUCAAUAAGCAUAAUAUUUCACUGUAUGGCCUGUCGAAUUCAAAGGUUUGUUUGAAUUGAAGUCUCUGUCCUCUAUUUGAGCCCAGAAAUAUCACAAAUAUCUCAGUAACCUCAUUUCAUCACGUAAACUUUGGUGUUAUACAAGGAUUUCCAGCCCUGAGAAAAGCCAUAACAACGCAUGAAAAAAUAUCAUAUUUUUUCAUGUAUGCAUGAUAUCACCAAUCAGCUGCUAACAUGUCACUCGCCUUUUGCACCACUUGGUCAGGUUGAUGAAUGAAUGGUGAAGCCUUCACCAUUCUCAAUCCAAGGUUGUUUGUGGGAAUUUUUUCAGAUUACUGUCAUUUCCAGCCAAUAACCUGCUGGUAAUCUGUUAAUUUUUCCACAAACAGUUGUUGAUGCGGGUUAUAGGAAGGUGCAGGUAAUACAAUAAUUUUUCAAGUUUCCAGUGUAGUUAAAAACGAUAAACAGGAAAAAAACAGGUGAUAAAAUCCACUACAGAUUCUCUUCGAAAAACUUGUGCAACAACUUGUUUAUUUCACGCAGAUUGCUCAUUAUAAUAAGAGACUUUAUUGCCCUCAAUGAAAGCCAAUGCAAAUCGAAAAACAUACAAAACUCGAUAACAUAGCUUUUAUCUUGUUCAUACUCUUACUUUCUUGCUUUGUCAAUUUCAUAGCUUGUUUCUUUGUUUAGUUCAAAAAAACUAAAUUCAAAUUCUCACUUACAUGGGAAGUGAACUUGAAAAUAAAAUAAUUCAACAACCAUGAAAAGACUGGCUUCAGGCCAAUUCACACAGAAAGUGAAGCCGAUAUGUUCAUUUUGUGGUGCUGCAUAAUUGAUUAGUGUAACAGAAUAUUCGAUGCAUCAGAGAAAUUUUCUUAGCUAGCACUGCCUUGAAGUAAAGAGUAUUUUCCUGUGUCAAGCGAUUUCUCCAACUCAGUAGAUUUCGUGAUAUCGAUUUUUUUUUUUAGAACAGAUUUUUACAAUUGGUAUCAUUCUCAAUAAAACAGCGAAGACAAAAAGUGUGAAAAUUUAUUAAGCGCAUGCUGAAGAAUAUCAUGUCAACAAAAACAAUGAGGAACUUUGUGUGAAUCGGUGAUUUUCUUUUGUUUUUAGGUGCAGGUUAUCUGUUGAAAUUUUUUCUAGUUAUUGCAAAAAUUGACCAAUGUAGGUAAUCUGCCACGCAGGUAAAUGGACAGAAAUCAUGGUAUAACCACUAAAACACUGAAAAAAUCCAUAUCGCUCACUAACAGUGAUGUUCAAACUUUCCUUGAAGGGGAAGAAAACCAAAAUACAUAUGGAAAAAACCAAAAGUUAUGCAUCAAGUGGCUUUGGUAAUGGCAUUUCUCCCAGCCUAGAACAAAAAUCAACAACUGGAAGAUUUGCUGUAGGCCAAUUUUAGCCAUGUACCUGAAAGAUUUCUCCUGUCAGUGACUAAGAAUUUUGUACUUUGAAAAUUACACGCACUGUUUGUUUUUGUAGUGUUUCAACUAAUUUUUUCAUCUUGAACUGUAUCACCAACACACUUUACCAUUUUUAUUCAGGGAUUGUCAAUCCUUUUAUUUUUAUUCAUUGAUAAAGUUGACUUUUCUUGUCAGUGAAGGGCUAUUGUGUUUAUAUGAUAAACAAAAUAAUACCUGGUUGCUUGUAGAUAUUAAAUUUCUCUUCUCUUGUUCAACUCAACAUCUUUCUCGUGAACUAUCAAGUUAAACACUUAAAGAGAAAUUCCAUAUCCACGUGUGCCCAUGUAUUAUUCUCUAUUUAUCAGUUCAUACCUUACAGCGCUGGCCCCUCACUUGGUUAGUAAGAGGUAUCUAUAGCAUGUAUUACACAGGUUUAAUUCUCAUGGUUUCUCCAGGUCAGUAUUAAAUCUUCUUAAGGGGAAAGGAUUCUCCUACAGAGGGUCCCUGUGGGGAGGAAUGCUGCGCCACACUCAUUUCUUGAAAAGAGGUUUUUUAAUUAACGUGCAGCUUGCUGUGUACACAUAUCUGAAUUUGUCAGUUGAAAAAGUGUGGUGGAGGCACACAUUUUUUUGUUUAAUUAGUACUGAAGUAAUUACUGUUGUCAUUUUCAGUGGCUUCUUUCCAGUUGUUAUAAACUUUUUAAGAAGAGUACCUGUCAUUGGGAAUAUACUCAACCUCCCAGGAAUUAGCAUGGUUUGUAGGCUUUACAUUUUUCAUAAAUUUACUGUGCAAGCUUAACCCUUUAACUCCCAGAUCAAAUUUGUACUUCUCCUAAAUGUCAACCAUAAAAUUCUUAUAUUGUUAGUUCAGAGAAGUUAAUAUUAGAUCCACUCAUUAUCCCCAAAUUGAUAUUUUUCUUUAUUCUCAUCACUUACCUGGUUGACAUUGUAUUGAAAUUGUAAGGAGAAAUUCUGUCUUGGUCACUCAGGGGAGUUAAAGGGUGAAAGGUAGUAUGGCUUUUUAUUAGCCAAGUUCCUUUUUUGCAAUUUUAAACCUUUAACUCCCAUGAGUGACCAAGGCAGAAAUUCUCCUUACAAUACCAAUACAAUAUCAAGCAAGCAAAUGAUAUUAAUAUCAUGAAAAUAUUGAUAAGGAGAUUAUCAGUUGAUCCAAUAGAAAAUUUUCCAAACUAACAUAAGAAUUACAUGGUAGCAUGGCAGAUGGUAAGGCGAAUUACUGAUGAGAUCAUGGGAAUGAAGAGUUAAAGUGACAGUAGGAAAAAAGCUGCCUGAAAAAUUAUAAUUUUUAAACUAUUUGUGCUAACAUUUGCAUUGUUUUGUUUUGGAAAGAAGUAGUUAAAUUAGACCAUUUGUGUGGUCAAUGAGAGCAAAGCAUGUCAUUAAUUAAUUCCACUGAUAUAAUAGAUAGAAUCCUUAAAAACUGGUUUUUUUUUUAGUUGCUUUUCAAAUCCAUGGGUGAUUAAUGUUCAAAGCUUAACCUUUUAACUCUCAGAUCGAAUUUGUCAUUCCUCUUACUGUUAACCAUAUAGUUCUCAUAAUGUUAGUUCAGAGAAUUUAGUAUUGGAUCAACUUAUUAUUCCCAAAUUGAUAUUUUUCUAUAUUCUCAUCACUUGUCUGGUUGAUAUUGUAUUGAUAUUGUAGGGAGAAAUUUUGUCUUGGUCACUCAUGGGAGUUAAAGGAUUAAAGAAAAGAGAGCUGUGAAAUUUUGAACCCUGUUCCAAUCAUCCAUCAUUGACAUAUGACUCUCUGAAAGAAGAACUUUUGCAAACUAAACUGCUGUCUUAGUUUGGCAAAAUGAUAGAAAAUUUUGUGGAGAUAUGCAUUUAAAAAAGAGCUGAAUUUAAAGAUAAUCUUUUGAAUAAAAAUGUUCCAUUUUCCUCUCUUUCUUACCUGGCUUCAAAUUGAUUAAGGAAAAUUCUUUACUCUCAGGCCAGGUACAAUUAGACAGUUUUUGAUUUUGCAGCUUUUCAUAUGUUUCACCCGCCCGUUGCAGGCAUUCUGUUAGUAUAGGGAGUGAAAUAGUAACUGGUGGGAUAGAAGCAGAUGGGUUGGAAAAAGUAACAGGUUUGGGUGACCCAACUCAAACCUCUUUCCUUUAUGCAAGCCUCCUGCUUUUUUCACUCCAUCCUCUGGUAUCAUGCCAUCUACUAUUUUGCUCUGUUUUACCAAAUGAAUGCCUGGAACAGGCUAAUGUUUCACCUGCUCUGGACAGUAGUCACAUAUUUUUGACUCCAACGAAAAAAAUAGUACAUGAAGUAAACAAACACUUCAGAAUUUAGUUAGAUAUAAAUAUACAGUAAUUGAAUGAAAUCACCACCAGAACAAAUUAUACCUAACAUUCUGUAAUGUGAUGUUUUUAUAUUUAAAUUUUCAGAUAGUGGGUAAAUUAGCAGGAGAUGGAAGCAACUCAAUGGUGUAAAUCACCGAGAUCUCAAUAUAUCCAGGCCAUUUUCUGGCAGAACUGCACUGGAAGAAAGCCAUCUACUAUCAGAAGCGCUAUAUUAGGGAAAAUGAGUUUUGGACUUCAUAGCAACUUAAUUUGCUAAGUUCCCCAUCAGUUCUGUUUUGUGGCUCUUCUUCAUUUUGUAUCAUGGAAGGAAACAACUUUUUCCUGCAAAAUAGACCAUAAUAAAUAUUCCUGCAUAUAUGGUACUUACCAUAUGGUUUGCUAUGACUCAGUCGAACUGUAACUUGCAUCGUGGAUUCUUGUGAAGAAUCUUACUUGUUGUUCUUUGCAGAACUGAUUCAGGCAGUCUUUACUCAGUUACUUCUUGAUGCUCUUGUAAAAGUUUUAUCAUUUUGCUUAAUUGUGGGAAAUUGUAGCAAAUGCUCAAUACACAUGAGCAAAAACAAAGUAAAAAUUUGUACUAAUUUUGUCACUAAAUUUUAUUCUUGGGUUGAACUUUACUUUUCUUUCUUAGAAAUUUAUUGUUCUCUAUUAGCAUGGCCAUUUUAAAGAGAAAAAUGAAAAUUUCAACCAAAGAUUAAUUUGACCACAAAAACAUUAAUUUUUAAGGGGAAGCAUUCCUCUAGCAGGUAUUCCUACAUGCAAGUGUUUCUCUCCUAUGGAUGUAUUUAAAUUCUUGGAUUCUAGGAUUAUCUGAUGGAUUCUUUAGUCUUUAUUUGGAAGAAUCUAUGGGGAUACUUGUAAGUAUGUAUGCCAAGAAAUGGAAAAUUCUUAAUUCUAUUCAAUAAAUUUUUUUGUGUACAAGUAAAGGUACAUUGGUUGG